CACGUCUGGUGUUUCACAUGGAGGGAGAAGGGGACGUGGUUUACAGGAUUGUUUCUUGGAACCGCAGGCUACUGGCCCAACAUCACAAGAAGCCUGCAGGACCCCUGUUUGACAUCAAAUGUCUCCAGCAGUCUGUGUGUCAGCUUCAUCUCCCACACUGUGAGAUCCGCUCCACAGGAUGAAGACUCUCCUCCUGACCCAGUCCGAGCGCUGGUGCUGCUGUUCUACAGACCCCCGACUUAUCCUGAUCCAGAAUCUUUCCUCAAUGUGUUGUUGCUACCAAAGAACAUCGUGCUGCGUGAUGUGCUGCGCAAGUGGAUGGAAUCAAAUGGAGAUGAGAAGUACAUCAGGACACCCCCACACUGUAAACUGCUCCCAAAGCAGGAGUACACACUGUCCACUAGUCCUGAAGACGACUCAGUUCUAGUUCAACCAACAGAAGCAGAAUUUGAUGAGGAGUCCUACAUCAACUGCUUCCCAUCAUUCGAGGUGAAAUUGAACACAAUCAUGAACAAUAUUCAACUCUUUUUGAAAGAUAAGAACAGCUCCACCUGUGUCUGGGAAAGGCAGGUUUCUCUUUUGUCCACUGGACAAAGGCGCACUCUGACCCUCCCUUCAAACGAGAGGCUGAUGGACAUACGAACCUGCUUCAUCGAUGGGAUAUCAGGACCUGUUCUCAGUAGUCUGCUGGACAAGAUGUUUGAGAAAAAGGUGAUAACUGACUCUGAGAGGGAGUCAGCGGAAGGGAUGCAAAACAAAAGAAAAAAGGCUCGUUUUGUCAUCGAUACGGUGAGGAAGAAAGGUGAAGCUGCGAGUUCAGAGAUGAUUAAGUUUCUCUGUGAGGUCGACCCCUUCCUCUGUAAACAUCUUGGGUUGAUGUGAAGCACAAUGAAAAGGCGGGAAAUACACUUUAUGUUGACCUGGUGGUUAUAAACUGAUCGUCCUGUAACUGAUGUGGAAAUAAAUAACUUUAUUAUGUUCCUUGUGUGCAUUGAGCUCAGAGAAUUUAUCAGAAUUUUCUGUAUACUGUAAGUAAUGUAUGAAUUUUUACAAGAUCCUGGUUAUUUAUUUUCAGUAGUUGUCUCACCUUGAUGAGUGAAAAGAAAAAGAAAGAAAGAAGAAACUAUUCAGAGAAGCUUUUGAUUCUAUUACACGAUCUUCCUCUUCAACUUUUAAGUCAAUGUGGCCAGUCUCUUUCAAGUAUUCAGAGAAAAAAAAUCAAGGCAACUGUACAAAUUACAUCUGCUGAGGAGGACUGUGUGAUGUGAUUGAAAGCUCCAGAAAAGCUACUGAAGGGACCUUGUCAUGAGAUUUUAUGGUCUAAAUAUGUUCUAGGAGAUAAAAUCUCUGCUCCUUUUUAUUUAACCUGAAUAUACAUGAACAUCCUGCUUUGUGAGGUGAGAGUUUAGUUUUGUGAGGGUAGUGAGGCACAUGGGUUAGUAAUUUGUAAAGUAAAAUUUUUAUUUUCUUUCUUCAUCCUGUAUUUUUAGUCUGAAACCAAACCUGUUCACUCAAGUAGAGGAUCAGUUAACUGUGGUAUUACUGGUGAAAUAUCACCAUCUGCUGGACUCUGAAUGUAUAAAAAUCAGUUUGAACUGUGGUUGGGUUGAAGGAUUACUUCACUAUAAAUACACAAACUCAGUACUAUAAAUAUACUGUUUAUAGAUGUUGUUGCUUCAUCAAUCAAACAAC